AUGUCCAUCUUGAAGCUGGUCGAAGACCGGCCAACCCCCAAGCAGGUCUACAACUGGAGGAUCUACCUCCUGGCAGCUGUCGCGUCGUGCACAUCCUGCAUGAUCGGCUACGACAGUGCCUUCAUUGGAACCACACUGUCGUUGAAGUCGUUUAAGGAUGAGUUCAACUUCGCCGCUCUGUCCGACUCUCAGCAAGAUCUGCUGAGUGCAAACAUUGUCUCCACCUACCAAGCUGGUGCAUUUUUUGGAUCAUUCUUCGCCUACCCCAUUGGCCACUUCUGGGGUCGCAGAUGGGGUCUGCUGUCUGCGGCUCUGGUGUUUAUUUUGGGUGCUGGUCUUAUGCUGGGCGCCAAUGGUGAGCGAGGCCUCGGUCUUCUCUACGCUGGACGAGUCCUGGCCGGUCUGGGUGUUGGUGCGGGCUCCAACAUCACCCCCAUCUACAUCUCCGAAUUGUCGCCUCCGGCUAUUCGUGGUCGACUGGUCGGUGUCUACGAACUGGGCUGGCAGAUCGGUGGUCUGGUCGGCUUCUGGAUCAACUACGGUGUUGAACAGACUAUGGCUCCGAGCCACAAGCAAUGGAUCAUCCCGUUUGCAGUCCAGCUGAUUCCUGCUGGUCUGAUGCUCAUUGGUGGCAUCUUCAUUCGCGAGUCGCCUCGUUGGUUGUUCCUGAGCGGUCGCCGUGACGAAGCCAUCACCAACCUGAGCUGGAUCCGCCAACUGCCCGAAGACGACAUUUACAUGAUUGAGGAGAUCGGUGCCAUCGACCAGGCCCUGGAGGAGCAGCGCUCCACCAUUGGUCUUGGAUUCUGGAAGCCUUUCCAGGCUGCUGGUUCCAACAAGAAGGUCAUGUACCGUCUGUUCCUCGGCUCCAUGCUCUUCUUCUGGCAGAACGGCUCUGGCAUCAACGCCAUCAACUACUACUCCCCGACUGUCUUCGAGGCUAUCGGUGUCCAAGGAAACAACAGUCUGCUCACCACCGGUAUUUUUGGCGUAGUGAAGACGGUCGUCACCUUUGUCUGGCUGCUGUACCUGAUCGAUCGCGUCGGUCGGCGUAACUUGCUGCUGAUCGGUGCUGCCGGCGGUUCCAUUUGCAUGUGGAUUGUUGGUGCGUAUAUCAAGAUCGCCGCACCGGAGGACAAUCCCAAGCCGCACAUGGACGGUGGCGGUAUCAUGGCCAUGUUCUUCUUCUACCUGUGGACCGUCUUCUAUACCCCCACCUGGAACGGUACCCCAUGGGUCCUCAACUCGGAAAUGUUCGACUCGAACAUGCGUUCUCUGGCACAGGCUUGUGCCGCCGGCUCCAAUUGGCUGUGGAACUUUCUCAUCUCGCGCUUCACGCCGCAGAUGUUCGCCAAGAUGGAAUACGGCGUGUUCUUCUUCUUUGCCUCUCUGAUGAUCUGUUCGAUCGUCUUCGUAUUCUUCCUCGUCCCCGAAACUAAGGGUAUUCCGCUGGAAAGCAUGGAUGCCCUCUUCGCGGUCAAGCCCAUCUGGCGCGCGCACCCCACGAUGGUGGCCCGCUUGCGCGAAGAGGAAGAGCGAUUCCGUCACGAUAUCGAGGAGAGCGGAGUCAUGGCGGCCAAGGUUGGCGCAGACCAGGUGGAGAAUAUCAAUGCGGAGGAAAGCAAGUCAUGA